CGGACGGAUCGCCAUUUUGUUUGUUUAUACUCUAUCUCGAGGGAAAAUUAAUCGGAAUUUGUUUAAUUUUGCAAGUUUGUGACGGAUUUUUAACUCCAAAAAGAUGACUGCUGACCUGAGUCACUUUAGCUCUGUCUUUCCUUCCUUGAUGGAGGCCUUUGCCAUUGCUUCUUCCCUAACAGUGAUUUUCAUAGACUGGAAUCACAACUUACGAGAGAGGUCACAGCUGAGGUUUCUUCAGAGUUAUCUCCCGCAAUGGAGAAGUCAAAGCACCAGACAGGGUUCAUACACAUGCCUGGUCAUUUUAGCUCUAGCAAUUAUAUACAACAACUCUAUGAAAAACUUUGCCAUCAACUUACAAAACUGCCUCUUUGCUGGAGCUUCUUUAGUAGUAUUACUCUCGUUUUGGCUUCAGAGUAAAAUAAAAAUACUAAACACCUCGAACAAAUCAGUAGGAGGGUCUCCAGUCAUUCUCAGGGACCAGGGGAUCAAUGCUUCCACCUGCUGUGGGGCCAGGGUACCUCAGUUCCUCCUGUCCCUGCCUGCCUCCUCAGUACCUCAGUCUGAGGUGAACAUAGAGGAGGAGAUGAAGGAACCCUAUGUUUUGGCCCUCAGGUCUCAUUUUGAUUUGGAGGAGGUAUCUAAUGAGAAACUGGCUACUGCAAUAAGAUACCUCAACACACUCAGGGGAGGGAUAGAGGCUCACAGAGAAUCUAACAAGCUUAUAAAUGCAGUGGACCACAUCGACAGUAUGAGGUCACGGCUCGAUGACUCCGGCUUCCCUCAGGAAUAUUCUUACGAGGAGCUGCACCACAUUGUGGUGGAGGAAAAUAAAUAUUCAUUUGAAGAUUUUGAGAGAGUGGUGGGAAAAUGUCUAGAGAGUAGUGGUUUCUUACCUUCUCCUGAGGAGUUUGCUGAAAUUCAUCAUGACAUGAAAGGUAUAGUUCAACUGGAGAGAGAAGUGGCUGAGACUCGACAGGAAAUUGAGGAGACCAGUCAGGCCCUGGAGAGGACUCAGAGAGAAGUAGCAAAGACUAGUCAGGCCCUGGAGAGGACUCAGCGGGUGGUGGAGGAGACCACACAAGUGGUGGUGGAGUCUGAACAGAAGGUCAUGUCACUCAGACAAAGGCUGCAGCAGAAAGAGAGGGCACUCUUACAGAAGGAUCAAACCAUACAGCAGAACCAGCAAGCCUUACAGCAGAAGGAUCAAACCAUACAGCAGAAGGAUCGAAUCAUCCACCAGGAGAGACAACUGCUGCACCAGGAGAAACAGAGGGUAAGAGAGCUUGAGCUGAACCCUGAGGGUGUACUCCAGAGACGUCUUCAAGAGCUUGAGGAAGAGAUCCGUCGUCUGUCCGCCCAGUCAAAGCGUGCACUCUGCAAGAUCUGUCAUGAAGAAGAGGUACAGGUGGUCUUCUAUCCCUGUAAACAUCUCAUAUCAUGUGAGGGCUGUGUGGACAGUCUCCCUGAGAAAACAUGCCCCAUGUGUAGGAAACCCAUUCAGGACACCAUUAAAAUGUACUUCGCAUGAGUUGAGACUCUAAAACACGAAGCCUUUAUUGGAUUGAGUGUUGGCAGCAAGCACUUGUGCUGGUAGUCUUAUGGUCAAGUUUUUUUUUUUUAUCCAUGUAUAUAUACAUAUGUUUAGAGUUAUGAAAACAAAAAUAAUUUUAACUUUUUAAGUGCUAUAGAUGAAUUUUAACUCUGUUAACCAUUAACUGGUUAAAGAUGCAAUUCAUGAUUAACAUGUUCUAAUCUUAAUUUUUGGUAUCUUUGAUGCUUUAUUGUACCUUAUUUGGGCCUUUUCCCCUUUGCUAUAUGGAAAGUGAAGAUAGUUUGAUUCAGUAUGAAUAUGUCACUAUGAUGCAGUUUGAAUUACUUAGUUUCUACUUAUGAAUUAUAUUAUUCAUCAUGAAUUUUUGGUUUUUAAGAGUGACAAAACAAAACCAGAUUGUUGAAGUCUUAACAAUCUAAGUUUGGGCAGCUUGUGCAAUAAAUGUUUUGACUUAGUGUUAUGUCUCCAAAGAAUGAACAUGAUGAAAGUGCUAAUAUUUAAAAAAGUAAAUUUGUAUUGAAAAAAGAAUUUAAAAAUUAUUUUUAAAAAUUUCUCUACAUUCAAUUAAUUUUUAUUGAUGUAUUUCUACAAUAUUUUAGUUCAACUUCAAAUUGUGUAAAUGUAUUAAGCGAGUCUGACGAUCUUUUAAUAAGAGGAGUAGUAAUCUAUAUUUUAAUGAACUUUACAUGCAUGCUAAUGCAUAGCAAAAACCUUUUAGAUAUUUGAAUUUAGAUUUUGUGCAUAUGAGUUUUAAUAAUUGUAUUAUGUCUUGUCUACAUGUUACUGUGUAAUUUACCUGUCAGUUUAUAUGCCUGGGUGUGCAUGUUGUUAUAUGUUAUGUGUGUUUUUGUAAGGAAAUCCAAGCGGCUGUGAUAGCAAGGUAUUAGAAUGUGAAAAGACUGUGUUUUUGGCUGUGUUAUGGUUGUGUUAUUACAUGUAGUUGAAUGAUGAGAGAAGAGUACAUACAAGUUUUUCAUUUCAUAUAUUAUCAAUUUGGCAGCAUGUAUACAAUGGUUUAGUUACUGGUAUUUACCGCUAGUCUGAUAUUGAACUAAUUAAGAAAUACCGGUAAAUGUAUUUUGUAAAUUGAGAGCAGCAUUUCUUUUCAAUCAAUCACCUAACUUUAAUAAUUUAAAAAUAUUUCAGAAUGUAAUUGGUAGAACCAUGUUUUUUGAAAGGGUUUUGAAAAACAUUUGGAAAUUCAAGGGUGUAAUAUACUUCAUAUAUACACAUAUAAAGUUUUAUGGUGUAGUAGACAUUUUCAAAAACUUUUAUGAUUUUAUGUAAUGUAAGGGUAAUUUAUGGAUGGUUGAGUUUGUCUACAGCUGUCUUUUAGUCUUUACAUAAUGCUGAGGGUCAGAAUGCGGAAGACUAUUAAUAUAAAAAUUGACCCAAGCUUUAACUUUAGGACAACCAACAACCCUACCCAUUUCUGUGUAGUAUAUUGUUUACUUUUUAUGCAUGAUAAAAGGGAUGACAGUUUCGUCAUUGUGUGAUUCAAGCAGGGUAUGGGAGAUAAUACUAGUUUGUUGAAAAAUUGUUCAAAGUGUGGUAGGGAAUAUGUUAUACAUGUAAAAUGUAUUUAAGUAUGAGUACAGACUACACUGCCCUAAGAUGCAGCAUUGAUCGAAUCAGUUUUACUGAGAGCAAAGACAACAUGCUCAGGGAUUUGAUAUCAUUUAGAAUCAUGCAGUUUUAUUUAUGUGGAAUGAAAUCCCAUUUACCAUGAAAUGUAUUAGAAAGAAAUGUAUAAAUACUGAUAAUGUAUAAAAUUUAUAAUAUUUUGGUACUUUAUUUUAUGGUUACCAUACAUGACUAUUUCUAGGAUACCUGAAUGGCCAGUCUUGUUUGAAUGGCGUAAAGUAAUGAUAAUUGUUGUAAAUGUACAUAUAUUUAAGAAUAGUGCUGAUUUAUUUUGUAAACCAAGUUUUAUUUUUUUUUCUUGGUCUCAAUAAAUUAAGAUUGAACCUGGGAGUUUGAAUUGUAAUCAUGACAGGGCUCUCAAUAAGGGGAGGCAGGAGGUAAUGUUUCACUACUUUAAUGAUCAGAUCUGAUUGCUGUGAAUUUUAUGGUUGACAAAUUUAACUAAUGGAAAUAUAUGUCUAUAUAAUUCUUUAAAAGAGUAUAAUUUACCUCUUCACUUUAAAUUUGUUAUUGAAAGCCCUGAAUCAUGUUUACCUGUAGAUGGUAGUUAUCAAUUUAGUAUCUCAUUUAAUAAGUGCAAACUCUUGUUGUUUUGAAAUCAGUGAAAGAUAUUUUUGCACCUUAACUCUUCAUCCAGUUUUUGGAUAUUGGCAGCGAUGAGUGAAUUUUAUUUGAUCAACUAUACACUGUACAUUGAAUGGCUCAUUGUAUUAUUUGUCAGUUUGAAUAGCUUUCAAAGAUCUGUCAUCUCUCUACUUACUCUAUUUUUCUGUCAUUCAUUAUAUUCAUUACUCUUGUUCAAAAUAUGUCCAGUCUGAUUGAUGUAAAUAAGAAUUACCAGGGUAGACAACACUGUGUAUGAGUAAGGAUUGGAUGGACAUUAUCAUUUACAAUAAAAACGGUGCAUUUACCGGUACAUGAA